AUCUGGUAACACUUAAACUAUAAGAAUCAACACGGCAGCAAACUGAUAUCAGUCAAGUUAGGUGAAAAUUUUCAGUUGAAUACCCGUUAAUUCACAAUGGACAAAGUCGUUAAAUUCGCCGAGCCUGGACGCGCCUUCGCCAAGGACUCCAUUCGUCUGGUGAAGCGCUGCACAAAGCCCGACCGUAAGGAGUUCCAAAAAAUUGCCAUCGCCACCGCCGUGGGCUUCUGCAUAAUGGGCUUCAUCGGUUUCUUUGUAAAACUGAUACACAUCCCCAUUAACAACAUCAUCGUGGGCUCCUAAAAAGCAACAGGUGGACAUGGGACCAGAAAGAACGAUAAGAUAAAAUACAAUGUAGCUUACGAUUCCAGACAAAACCCCAUGAAAUACAAAUUAGUUUUGGAUUCUGUA